AUGAGCGCUAAAGAGCUUUUGGACAAUGUUGAAAGCGGCAUCGUGUCUGUGAAUUGCCACGAGGAUGUCUUACGGAUCGCAUUCAUCUAUCUAGAUGAGGGACUGUGGAAUGACAACGGGGUAUUCGAUGUGGUGGACAAGCUGCACGCGAAUGGCUCCUUGGAUUGUCUCUACGAGAUGAACCCCGCCCUCAACACGAAGAAGGGUGAAUGUCAGGGGCUGUUGGCUGAAGAAGCAUACUGCAUCGGAGCUACUUCCAACAAAUGUAAAUAA